GCAUUUGCUCACACCCAGAGGCAGAGACAGCACAGGGCUGCCACCUCCCAUGCAAAUCACCCCCAGGAGUGCAGCUGGGCUCCUCCCGCUGCUCCUGGGCAAUGCUCCUGGGUAGACCUUGUACACGAUGCCAUCUCGGGCGCUGUGUAUUUUUCCUCAUUGUGGCUCUUUUGAGCGACGCUGUGGGCCUGGGCCUUUUGUUACUGGGGAUCUUUGCUACCCUAAACUACUGGGACUUCUUUGUCUACACAGGAUCUCUGAUCCUGGCUCUGAGCCUACUGUUCUGGCUGGCCUGGUAUUCCUUCAAUAUCGAGGUACCUCUUGAAAAGCUGGACUUUUAGUGUGCCCAUGGACAAGAGGGAUGCAGGUGGCAUAUGCUGAUGUGAACCUGAGGACCCUGGACAUGAAGCCCCCACACAGAAUGCCACUAAGACCAGGUCCCACUCAUGCUUCCAACUCAGAACAAAGCACUCAAAGCUCCAGUUUACAGAUGGAAGAAAUCUGAGUCUCAGAUCUGUUUAAAGUACUCCAAGAGAAAUUGCAUGGGUCUGUCUGGCCCAGAAGAAUCAAAUCAAGGUAUGCAGUCUUUGCAGCACACCCUCCGAUAGUAUCCAAGAGGGACCCAGAUGCUGCGAUGACGGAGCCUUCACAUCACCCACCAGGAUAGCCGAGAAUGACUGUGAAUACCAGGACUCUCUCUGGAGCCCAAUCUCCCCGUGCCAAACCACUGAUACUGCUGCCAGCACCCCAGAAGUUUGUGGAGGGCAGAGGAGCCAUGAAGUUCCACCAGUGGGGCUUUUAUAGGAACCACUCCACUCCUGGCUUAGAUACCAAAGAAACCUCUGGUCAAAGUCUUUUCAAAGAACUGCCAACUGAAAUCGGGGUCUCCCGUGAGCAUGCGGCCCACAGUACUGUUGUCAUGUCCCUUUGACAUCCACUAGACUCCAAGUGCCUGGUCUCUCUUCAUCCCACCACUGAGGGGAUACACAGAAGCCAAUUCCAACAUGGAGACUGCAACAUGAAUGCGCAGGCAGCAGUGAGCACACAGGACUCUCCUGUUCACGCAGGCCCACCUAGGUGCAGAGCCAGGCCAUGAGGGCUGCUCACAGUGUGCUCCAGGUCACCUGAAACUAUCAGGCACUUUCUCUGAUAAGCACUAUAGGACUGUGCUGUGCUAUCUGUCUGUGUGUUGUUCAUGUCUUAAAGGAUAAAACUACAUUUCUAGGCUAAAUUACGUGUAGUCUACUACAGCCUGACCCCAGAAUCUACCAAAGACCGCCAUUCCAGGGACAAUCACAAAGACGUCAUCCAAGCUGACCUACACAACUAAUUUAUAUUUCCUAUAGCCUGAUUUUGUACUUGGUAUUUAUAUUAGGGAUUAUAAUGUUCGUGUUUCCUUUAA